AGCUGAGGUAGGCAGAGGGAAAGUACUUACAUUGCCAGAAUUUGCUAACAAUGUUUUAUAUAAUCCAUUCUAAGAUUAAAGCCCUGGUCUUUCUUUUCAGUUUCCAUGAUGAGAUCCCUAAGGAUUACAGGCAGAUGUUGUCUCAUUGCAGUUAAAGACAAUCUGAAGAUGAGCGUUAUGACGAAAUAGGCCAAGAAAAGGUGAUGAGCUACAGCCAGCUCUGUUCACUGCUGGGUGUGAAGCAGGAGGACCUGAAGCCUAGUCCCUUGCACACAAAUGUCAUAGAAAUUAAAGCUUUCUUUAGCUCUCCCUCUGGAAAGAGAUCUAAAAGGAGGAGGGAAGACAGCACUCAGGAUGACAGGGGCAGCUUAGUGACUACACCUACAGCUGAGCUAUCCACCCAGGAAGAAAGUCUUCUGGACAGCUUCCUGGACUGGAGUUUAGAUUCUUGCUCCGGUUAUGAAGAUGAGCAAGAAAGUGAAGUCACAAGUCCCAGUGGAAUCUUGGAUCCAGCAGAGCACUGCUGUCAGGACUCCAGUGAUGAAGACAGCCUAUCUGUAGAGUGUCCUGGGCACACAGCACCGCUGAGGAAGGCCAGGACACCAGAUGAAACUUAGAGAGGUUUUUCAGCCUCCAGCUGGGAAGGAAGUUUGGACUACUCUUCUGUCAGUGGUGCCAGUCCUACAACUCCACAGUUGUCUUUAACAGAAGUACCUGUCUCUGUCCAGCUCAUUAGACUAAGGCAACAGCUACAGAGCCAUUCAGCCCGGGGGUUCCACGUCACUGCUGAGGCAGUGCUGAAAGGAAAGAAGAGAGAUUCUCAUUUCUAGAAGCCAAAGCUGCUUUGGUGGAGGAUCAGUUAUCCACAAAAGUUUCCAGAAUGGGAGGGAAGGGUCUAAGUAAGGAGCUCCUCAGAUGUGCUUUCUGGAUGUAAGUCAGUCAGCAACUGGUGUUCUGUUGUCAGGGUCCCUGUAUUUAUAGCAGUCAGCAUGGAGAUGGCUCAUGACAUUGUAAGGCCGUGGUGAUGUGAGCCUAAAAAUGUCCUGUGAUGACCAAAACAUGGCUGUGUUGGGCUUGGGGAGGCUAUGGCCUGAGAGUUGCCCUGCUUGUCAGCAGAGGGAUUCUGUGGGGCUCCAUCUUCCGUCUGGUUCUCUUUAAUGUUUUUACUGUUGAUUCUAAUAAAGAUCUGGAAGUUG